AUGCAUUAUGGUACAAAUAAUCCACGAUUGAAAUAUACUUUAAAUAGUGUUGAACUGAAAGAUUCUGAAUGCGAGAGAGAUUUAGGUGUAUAUUUUUCAACAAACUUGAAAUGGAAAAAAAUUAUAUUAAGUACUUCUAAAGCAAAUUCAAUGGUGGGUAUGUUAAAGAUGACAUUUUCACGAAUUGAUGGAAAAUUGGUUAAAACAUUGUAUAAGGUAUUUAUUAGACCUCUUAUUGAGUUUGCAGUACCUGUUUGGUCACCUUAUUUUAAAGGAGACAUAUCACUUUUGGAAAAAGUUCAACACAGGAUGACUAGAUUAGUUCCAUCAUUAAGGAAAAUUAGUUAUGAAAAGAGAUUGGAAAUAUUAGAUAUAUCUACAUUGAAAACAAGGAGAGAACGUGAGGAUUUAAUACAAGUGUUUAAGUUGCUUAACAGAUUUGAGGAAAUUGAUUUAAUUAAUGAACCGAAGCUUAAAAUUGAUUCAAUUACUUAA